ACGAUGAACGGGAGAGGCGGCAACGCCGGCGCUCCAGGGUCACCGACCUCCAGUUCGGCAGCACCGAGUCGCCGCUGGGCCUCGGCUCACCUGCCCCCAGGCAGGCGGAGGCAUGGCUGCCCGCCCUCCCUCAGUGGACCAACGCGCAGAUCUCGGAUCACUACAGCACCUGCAUCAAGCUCUCCUCCGAGAACAAAAUCACCACGAAGAAUGCCUUUGGCUUACACCUGAUAGACUACAUGGCUGACAUCCUGAAACAGAAGGACUCUGAACUGACCAACUUCAAGGUGGCAGCUGGCACACUCGACGCCAGCGCGAAGAUCUACGCCGUGCGGGUGGACGCGGUCCAUGCAGAUGCCUACAAAGUUCUUGGAGGCCUGGGGAAGGACUCAGCCCCUACCAAAAAUGUGGACAGCCCAGGAGGAGAAGACAGCCCAGCCCCUGAGGCUGCCAAAAGGGUGCAGGCAAAGAAGAAGCACUCAAUCAAAACCAUCGAGCAGAACCUGAACAACAUCAACGUGUCGGAGGCCAAUCGCAGAUGUGAGGUUGAUCCCAUGUUCCAGAGAACAGCUGCAUCCUUUGAUGAAUGCAGCACAGUUGGUGUUUUCCUCAUGGGGCUGCGUACCCAGGGCUGCCACAGCCAGCUCCUCUUUGACUCCAAGGUUGUGCCACUCCCUUCUGCAGAGACCCUGAUGGUGCCAAACUCUGAUCCUCUGACAGUCACAGAUUUAAAACCCCUGCUAGCUCAGUGCAUUGAAAGCCGCCCCAUCUGCUCCUCGCUGGCUGGUUUCCAGUUUACAAAGUGGGAUGCAGAAUCCCACAAUGAGUCAGUGUCAGCCCUGCUGGAUAAGUUUAAGAAGAGUGACCAAGUGUUUGAUAUCAACGGGCAGAUUGACAGUGAGGGGGAGGACUGUGCUCCUGCCCUGCCAGAGGAUGACUUCAUUUCUGACUCCCCCAGGAGUGCAGGAGCAGACAAGAUUGGGGAAUUCACAGAAAACCCCAGCUCCUUUGGAACAGUCAACCAGAGCAAGAGAACUGAUGUGAUUCCUUUUGGAGAAGGAGACAUUGGGAGCAUGUGCCUUCAUCUCUCCAUGAAACCAGGGGAAUACUCCUACUUCAGUCCCCGGACUCUGUCGAUGUGGGCUGGCCCAGAGCACUGGAGGUUCAAACCUCGGCACAAAUAUGCCAACUCUGAAAAAGAGACCAAGAAAAGGACUGCAAAGAAAGUGUUUGAAAUUAACUUUGAUGAGGAGAUUAACUUCACCACAUAUUUCCGUAAGACCAAGGCACCUGUCACUCUGGCCAAAUCCAUUCUGGAAAGCCAGAAUACAAAGAGCACCACACUUCCCACAGACUUCAACUAUGACCCUAACAACAUUCUCCAGCUGUUCCUCAAACCAGCUAUUAAGCUCUGCAGGGCAGCUGAGCCAGGAACCUCCUUGCAUCCCGAGGACGAGAUCCAUGAGUACGACUACAACAACCCCAAUGACACCUCCAACUUCUGCCCUGCCCUGCAGGCUGCAGACAGUGAUGAUGACAAUGAACCUGUUCAGUUCCUGAGCCGGACAGGGGUGUUCAACCUCACUGCCCACCCUGAGGCUCAAGAGGCUGAGCUCAACAGGCUGACUGGCAAUGCUGAUAUCACAACCUACGGAGAGAUGAACCUCGUUGCUGAGCCCCAGAAGGUGAAUAAGAUUGCAAUUCAAUAUGCAAAGACAGCCAAGAAAAUGGACAUGAAGAGGCUGAAGAAAAACAUGUGGGAGCUCUUGACUGAAGGACAGAAGAAACUAAUGGUGGCAGAGAUGGAAGAUGAGAAGGAGGAAAUGGAGAAGAAGGAGGAGAAGGAGGACCUGUCAAUGGUAGCAGAUGAGAAGGUCUUCAGCAACAUCACAAAUCAACUGCUUCACAGGUUGCCUUCUGUGAUGGCCACCAACCUGUCUGUGCCCUUGGCCUUUGCCUGCCUCUUGCAUUUGGCAAACGAGAAGAACCUAAGGCUGGAGAGCACAGAGGACCUUUCUGAUGUCCUUGUGAAACAAGGCAACUGAGCCCCAUGUGGAGCAGAGCACCAGGGCUGACCCCCAGGACAGAGCUCAGCUUCUCAGCUCCACUGCUCCCUCUGGACUCUCUCACCAGUGGCAGAUUUUUCUCCUCCCAGCACCGUUGCUGAGAAAUCCCACUGGUCUCCACACCUCAGGAAGACUUCAAUCAAACCUAAACAUGGGACCUGUACAGAUGGACCAGCUGCAGCUCCUGCCAUCUUCAAACCAUCAGCUCUUUCCUGGGUCUGGAGGGUGUAGUUCCUCCAUCUCACUGGGAAGCACCAGCUAAAGACUCCUC